AUGACUAGUACCAAAAAGACGACUACAUACCAGAUAAAUCUAAACAAUAUCUACUUCUUACGAAGAUCUAUGCCAGCUUUCUUGGAAACAGCUUCGAGACCGUUCUUCUCAAUGGUCUUCAAGGCCUUAGUUGAUAACCGAAGUAUGACAAAACGUUUGCCAGCUUCCCACCAAACUCUUUUGUACUGCAAGUUGACGAAUUGCAACUUCUUGGUCUUGUGGUUAGAGAAUGACACUUUGUUUGCUCUGUUUGCUUUCUUCCCAGUAAAAGGGCAGAUUCUACCUGAUAAUGAGAUGACAAGUACGAGACAGCUUCAAAGAAUGAGAGAGCUAGGCAAAUGUUUAAGAUGGUAA